UCUCCGGAGCAAAACGCGGCAGCCACUACGCACCGUUUCAACGUUCAAAAGGCGUAAAAAACCGAGGGAACAUUUCCCGCCAAUUCUCUCUCUAAAACACCCUCCUCCUUCCCCAUCUAUUCUCAGCAAAACCCUAGCGAAAAUCCCACCAUUUUCACCGUCCGUAAAAGCAUCUAUGGCAGCUGAAACCCCAAAGAAACAACUAUCCCCCAGAAAGCCCAAAAAAUCCCCCAAUAAUCUCAAAUUACAAUCCUCUCCUCCUCCAAUUUCGUUCUCCCCUCAAACCCCUCAAUCCCUUUUACCUUCCCAACCUCCUCUUCGCAGAUCCUCGCGCCGAGCCUCGCUAUCUUUCACUUCAAAAGCCACAGAUGAAAAAUCAGAUACAAAGACGCCUCUAAAGGCUGUCGAAGAUAUUGGGAAAUGUUUGGGGAAAAGCCGAAAGGGAUCGCGUAAGGAGGAGGGUGUAAAGACGCCGAAAUGUAAGAGCAAUGAGGAGAAUAGGAAAAUCCCAAAGUUCGGUAAAUUGGAUGAGGGAACGGUUGAGGUUCAGGUUACGUUUUCUCCAAUGUCACUGGAGACUAAGAAGAGGAAAAGGGGGGAAGAGAAAAGUGCGGUGACGAGAGCUAUGGAGACAAGGAGUUCCAAGAAGAAGAAGAAGGAGAAGAAGAGGGUUUAUUAUAAGAAAGUGGUGUAUGAUGAGGGUGAGUUUGAAGUGGGAGAUGAUGUCUAUGUGAAGAGGAGAGAGGAUGCGAGCUCGGACGAUGAGGUUCCUGAAAUGGAGGAGUGCAGAGUGUGCUUCAAGGCAGGGAGGAAUGUGAUGAUUGAGUGUGAUGAUUGUCUAGGUGGAUUUCACUUGAAAUGCUUGAAGCCAGCAUUGAAAGAGGUUCCCGAGGGGGAUUGGGUUUGUGGGUUUUGCCAGGCUCGGAAAUUGGGGAAAGAUGUUGAGUUUCCAAAGCCUCCAGUGGGGAAGAAGUGGGUUAGGACUUUAAGAGAGAAGCUCCUUGCAAGUGAUUUGUGGGCUGCCCGUAUUCAGAGUUUGUGGAAAGAGGUAGAUGGUAGCUAUUGGUUCCGAGGGCGUUGGUAUAUCAUACCAGAAGAGACUGCAAGUGGAAGACAACCUCAUAACUUGAGAAGGGAGCUUUAUUGGACAAAUGAUUUUGCUGACAUAGAGAUGGAAUCUAUCAUCAAGCAUUGUAAUGUCAUGAGCCCCAAAGAAUAUGCCAAGGCCAAUGAUGAAGGGGAUGAUAUUUUUCUAUGCGAAUAUGAAUAUGAUAUUCACUGGCACUGUUUCAAGCAUCUAGCUGAGAUUGAUAAUGAUGAAGCAGAUGGUGAAUUUGCUAGCAGCGAUGAAGACUGGAAUUCUUGCAAGGAAGCUGAUUCUGAUACAGAUGAAGAUAUGGAAUAUGAAGAGGAAAACACAAGGAAUGCACAAGCCAGACCGUCCACAACUCAUCAAUUGGCUGCGAACUCUCAGAAGGGCCGUUUCUUUGGUCUUCAAAAAAUAGGUGCCAAAAAAAUCCCAGAGCAUGUGAGAUGCCACAAGCAGACUGAGCUGGAAAGGGCAAAAGCAACGCUUUUGUUGGCAACAUUGCCAAAGUCUUUACCUUGUAGGAAUAAAGAAAUGGAAGAGAUAACGACAUUUAUAAAAGGUGCCAUCUGUGAUGAUCAAUGUCUUGGACGUUGUCUUUAUAUUCAUGGUGUUCCUGGAACGGGCAAAACGAUGAGUGUCCUGGCGGUAAUGAGGAACUUGAAGUCUGAAGUUGAUGCAGGAAGCAUAAGACCUUACUGUUUUGUGCAGGUUAAUGGUCUAAAGUUGGCAUCACCUGAGAAUAUUUACAGGGUUAUCUAUGAAGCAUUAACUGGACAUAGGGUUAGUUGGAAAAAGGCUCUUCAAUUACUGAAUGAUCGGUUUUCAGAUGGAAAGAAAAUUGGCAAGGAGGAUGACCGACCUUGUAUUCUACUCAUUGAUGAACUUGAUCUUCUUGUAACCAGAAACCAGUCGGUCCUAUACAACAUUCUUGACUGGCCUACUAAGCCAUAUUCCAAGUUAAUUGUUAUAGGAAUAGCAAAUACAAUGGAUCUUCCAGAGAAGUUACUUCCUCGCAUUUCAAGCCGAAUGGGUAUUCAAAGACUCUGCUUUGGUCCCUAUAAUUAUCAGCAACUUCAGGAAAUCAUAUCAAGUCGUUUGAAAGGAAUUGAUGCGUUUGAGAAGCAAGCAGUGGAAUUUGCUUCAAGGAAGGUAGCAGCUAUUUCAGGGGAUGCACGCCGUGCUCUAGAGAUAUGCAGGCGAGCAGCAGAAAUAUCUGAUUAUCAUAUCAAGAAUCAAAUUGCAACUGUGAAUUCUUCUACAGGUAUUGUUACUAUGGCUGAGGUUGAUGCGGCCAUUCAGGAAAUGUUCCAGGCACCUCAUGUCCAAGUAAUGAAAAGUUGUUCUAAACUGAGUAAAAUAUUCUUAACUGCAAUGGUUUAUGAGCUCUAUAAAACAGGGAUGGGGGAAACUACAUUUGAAAAGUUGGCAAUGACUGUUUCAUGUCUCUGCACAAGCAAUGGAGAAGCAUUUCCUGGUUGGGACACACUUCUGAAAGUUGGCUGCAAUCUUGGAGAAUGCAGAAUUAUUCUAUGUGAACCAGGAGAUAGGCACAGGUUGCAGAAGUUGCAGCUCAAUUUUCCCAGUGAUGAUGUGGCUUUUGCCCUGAAAGAUUGCAAGGAUCUGCCAUGGUUGGCCAAGUAUCUAUGAUUCAAGAAGCCUGCAAUUACAUUGAAUUCUUAAUUUAUAGCUACUGUUUUGACUUAGUUCUCAUUUUAAGAUCCUCGUUUCUUUUCACACAUUUUAAUCACAAUCAUGCUGUCAUUGCAAUAUUUUAGGUAUGAUAUUUGGAAGAGAAAAUUGUUUCAAUUCAAGGCAUUGCUACAUUUUUCAAUAUGAAAAAUGCUGAGAUGAAUUGUUUUUCUGAGUUUUUUAUUAUUGUAAUAAAAUGGAAUCGGGAGAAUUCAGAAAAUAAUAGGGUAUCUUAU